AGUCACUUCGUAGCGCUCGUAGCGGUUGUACGGUGCGCUUCUACGCGUAGCGCUACGAGAAUUCUACUAGACGCGAUGUUGAUUAGAAUCCUAAUACAAAUUUAAUUGGUAACCAAAACUUGAUGAAAGAAAAUUUGAGAUUCGCUGUUAAAAUGAGUGCGUAACAAUAUUUUGAAGAAAAUGUGAUCAAAAACAAUUAAAUCAUGUCGAUUUGUUGCACGUGCUUUGAAUAUUGCGAGAACGGUUAGGCGGUGCUGAGGCCGGCCUGGCAUGACGCAAAAGGAAAUAUCCAUUUUAUCCCUACACCUUUAUUCACCCCUUUACGAAAAAAACUCAAACAAGCCCUUUGUCCUUCUUCUAUCACUAAUUCUUGUAUCGAAUAUCAAAACCCAAAUGUACGAGCCAAAUAUAUCAAACGAAACAAAUAUAUUGAAUGAAAAUUUUAAUGACUUAACGAACAACACCAAUAAUGAGUUUUCAGAAGACGUUCACGAAUUUAUUGGUACAGUGAAACUGGAAAAUAUAACUAAAGAUCUAAUCACUGAUUUUAAUGCAACAAUAUCUGAAUCUAAUGAAUCAGAUAUUGGUGACGAUUUAAAAGCUAUAGAAAUAGGUGUACUUAAUAUAGAAAAUAAAGAUAAUUCAAUGGAAAAACUCAGAGUCGAUGACGUAACGAGAACUAAAAUAUUUUACGAUUUUUCGACCACAGUCAACAAGAAAGAUGACAGAAAUUUAAUUACUAAUGAAACGUUUACAGUAAAAUUCAAUUUAGAUAAAAACAAAACGACUGAGGCCAAAAUACGUGACUUAAAGAAUUAUCCGAGCGGAUCUUUUCAUCCUAUCCUAAAUCCUCCCGCUCAAAUUACGGACGUGAAUACUUCUAGUUCAACUUUUAUAAACGAAUUACCAAGAGCCACAACCAGCCGCGUCGUGUCUAUCCUCGGUCUCUUCGAGUUGUCUGUGGGAGAUACACCAAGAGUGGACGGAGCAUCAGAGCUCGCUGCUGCCAAGCUCGCAGUGGAACAUGUCAACAAAAGGAACCUACUCCCUGGGUAUAAGUUGCAUCUCAUCACCAAUGACACAAAGUGCGAUCCAGGUGUGGGCGUGGAUAGGUUCUUUCACGCCCUCUACACGGAGCGGGAGUCAAGAAUGGUCAUGCUGCUGGGGACUGCUUGUUCUGAAGUCACGGAGAGCAUCGCGAAAAUCGUACCCUAUUGGAACAUUGUACAGGUGUCCUUCGGUUCCACGUCACCAGCUCUGAGUGAUAGAUCAGAAUUUCCCCUCUUCUGCCGCACCGUCGCGCCUGAUUCCUCACAUAACCCCGCACGGAUAGCUUUCAUCAGACAAUUCGGAUGGGACACGGUGACGGCUUUCUCGCAGAACGAGGAGGUUUACUCGUUGGCUGUGAACGAGCUGGUCACGCAACUAGAAGCCGCCAAUAUCACCUGUGCCGCCUCCAUCACCUUCGCGGAGUCGGACUUCAAGGAGCAACUGCAACAGUUAAAGGAACUAGAUACAAGAAUUAUAAUCGGAAGCUUUUCUCAGGAGAUGAUACCGAAAAUAUUUUGCGAGGCUUUCCGGUUGGGGAUGUUUGGAGCGGAAUAUGCCUGGCUUGUUGCCGGCAUGCCGCCUCGCAUUAGAGGCACCGCGCCUUGCGCCAGGUCUCAGCUGGCCAGGGCCUUAGAAGGCCUCGUCACAGUCACAGCUUAUAGAGGAAUCGUGGGAGACGUGGCUUCAUUCUCUGGGUUGACAAACCAAAUGUUUCACCGUGAGAUGGAAGCCGUAGGAGUACCAGUCGCUCCGUACGCCCCACAAACCUACGACGCAGUCUGGGUCAUAGCACUAGCACUAAGCAGAGCUGAACAGCAAUGGAGUCAGGGUAUCAAUGGAACGCCUACGAACAAUAAACUGGCCCUUGACCAUUUCGACUACGACCGGAAGGACAUGGCCGAGGACUUCCUCAAUCAGUUGGAGAGUUUGAGUUUUUUGGGUGUUUCUGGACCUGUAUCGUUCAAUGGCGCAGACAGAAUCGGUACAUCAGCGUUUUAUCAAAUUCAAGGUGGUCGUCCAAAAACCGUUGCAUUAUACACCCAUGGCAGAGAAAUCUCGUGUACUGACUGCGCCAAGCCACAAUGGGCUGGUGGCAUACCCGCGGCCAGACGGGUACUCGUUCUAAGGGUCGAUUCCGUGUGGGCUCCCGCUAGACUGGCGGUGGCUACAUUGGCAGCAGCUGGCGUGGCUCUUGCGCUGGCAUUUCUGGUCUUUAAUUUACACUACAGUAAAAGAAGAUCAAUAAAACUCUCAUCUCCGAGACUGAACAACAUGACUCUGAUUGGUUGCGUGCUAGUAUAUACUGCUGUUGCGUUAUUGGGCGUCGACAAUGCCACUUUACCAUCAUACGUGCCCUUUUCUGCCAUGUGUACUGGUAGAGUGUACAUUCUGUCGGCUGGUUUUUCAUUGGCUUUUGGUUCGAUGUUUGCCAAAACGUACAGAGUUCAUCGGAUAUUUGUAAGUAACAGAAGUGGUGUCUGCAAAACGAAGCUACUCCAAGAUACGCCUCUCAUAUCCCUGGUCUGCGCUUUACUUGUGAUCGACGGCAUGAUCGUCACUCUCUGGACCAUCCUAGAUCCAAUGGAGAGACACCUGAAGAACUUGACGAUUGAGAUCAGCGCUAACGAUAGAAGCGUGAUUUAUCAACCUCAGCUAGAAGUCUGCAAGUCUCAGAACACAACGGGCUGGCUUUGCGCUUUAUACGCUUACAAGGGCCUCCUUCUCAUAGUGGGGGUGUACAUGGCUUGGGAGACCAGAAACGUUAAGAUUUCUGCCCUAAACGACUCGAAAUACAUCGGAAUCAGUGUUUAUUCUGUUGUGAUCACCAGCGCAAGUGUUGUUGUUAUAGGAACCAUAAUUUCCGAAAGAGCCACUUUGGCUUACAUCAGUAUAACUAGUUUGAUCCUUAUUACAACGACAUCAACGCUCUGUUUGCUGUUCUUGCCGAAAAUUGUCGCAAUUAGAAGGAAUAUUGAAGAAGACCCCGUCAUACAAAGCAUGGGCCUGAGGCUGGAGUGUAAAACCAGAAGGUUCGUUACGGACGAAACCCAAGAACUACAUUUCAGGAUAGAAAUACAGAAUAAAGUGUUCAGGAGAGAAGUGGCGGCGCUGGACAAAGAAAUCGGAAGACUUGAGAAACUGCUAUCAGAGCCGCUAGACUUCACUGGGUCAAACGCCUCGAUAUCCUUGCAGAGACGCUUGGAGCUCAACACAGUCGAAGAGGAAGGUAAUCUACGUUACGACGAUCGACGUACUCCAAGCAUCGGCGGUGGCCUACCCAUGCUCCUGCUGUCAGUUCUACCGCCAGUCAUACCCCGAGCAAGCUGGCCCUCAGCCGAAGCCUAUCGCGGCAGGAACUCCGUCAGUUUCAGCUCGCAACCUAAGCUCGACCAAAGGAAAUCGCAUCCAGCGAUCGACUUAUACAAUUUGUGUCUCAAUAAACGAGAACAGCCCGGCUUACUCAGAAGACUGAAAAGCUUCUUCGGCAGUAGACCUUCCAGUAGAAAGGCGUCUGCCAUAUCAAUAGCCGACCCGACAAGUCAAAGCAUCGCGGCAGCUUUGAAAAUGCACGUCGGAAUGAUCGCAGGAUUAGUUCCGGGAACCAGAAAGCACUCAAUGGUGUUAUCCUGCAACACGCUACACGUGCCGAACCCCGAGAUGAAACUGAGAAGAGAGUCUUACGCGAAAAGCGGCCCUAUCAUUCGGGUAACCGAUGACGAGCCGUCCUGCUCAAGUUACAUUCCGGAGAACAGCGUACACAUAGGGCCCCAGAAAUAUAUUGCUGAGCACGAGACCAAAGUAAACUUUGUAUUACCACCGACACAUCAAAGACCAAUGUCCCACCAGAGCUCGUAUGAAAAAAUCAAGGGCUCUCCAAGGUUUCCUCAUAGGAUAACUCCUACAGCUAGCAGCUUGACCAAUAGUCUUCUAGAUACAAGAAAAACCAGUGCCGGUAGCAUUUUGAGCGUGUCUGGCAAGGCCUUUGAUGAGCAGCGAAGGUUUAGUCAUCAGAACGUCAGCCAUCAAGAAGAUAGAGGAAAGACCCUACUAGAAAGCAGAUCGAAGUCUACAGAAGACGCAAUGCCUGGGCCUUCGACGAGGAAUGAUUAAGAACUUGAUUUAAAUGAAACUCAAUUUAACGCUCCAGUAUUUUACAAGUACCCACUUUGGUACAUAGUAUUUUUUGUAUAUUUUACACUAAUUUUUCGCGCUAGGACUGUAGUAUGAAUUGUAAAUUAAAUAAUUUAAAAUUGAAUUAGUAACUAUUUCAAUGUCUGAAGGGUAUCUAUCUGUCAAUAUUUAGAGUAGACUUAACUGAGAUUAGAACAAAAAUACAUAAUAUAAUUUGUACAUAAUAAAAAUGAAGGAAUAUUAACACCAAAAAGUAGAAAUAAACUUAUAAGUUGUAAUAAAUAUUAAUAUAUCCAGCGAGUUUGUUGUGCGGAUAAUAUUUUCUUCGUAUUUGUAAGUAAUAAAAAACGAUCUAGUAGGUUUUAUUAGUAAAUUAUGGAAUAUGAAUUUAUGUAGAUAUUAUAUUACAGACAGAAGGCGAUUUAUACAUUAAACACGCGUCUGAAUUGUAGAACAGGCGCUAUGAUUCUCUCUCUUACCAGCCAAUUAUCCCACAUGGCGGUGGGAUCAGCUUUCCUUACUUUCCUCCUCCACUUCGCUCUGUCUUCGACAUCCUCGUCAGCAACAUUGCAUUCCCUUUUGUCCUUCAGCACUACAUCCUUCCACCGUGUCUUGGGUCUACCUCUAGGUCUCCGACCGGGGAGGUCGAGCAGGAAUGCCAAAUUUCCGACGUAGUCAGGUGGCUUCCUUUUUAUAUGACCUAUGCUAUACUUAGAGCUGCUAUGAUUGUUCUACACAAACUCAGACUUUGACCUCUUGUUUCAAGCAACAAGCAACAAGGUCUAGCAACCGCUAAACACCGGGUGGACUGGAGUUUAGCAAUAUAGCCACGGAAAAAAACCCGUAAAACCACGGUUCAAACCAAGUCACGGUUUUUCUCAUAAUUUAUUUAUAUAACUGAAUUUAUUUGAUUAAUGAUGCAACGCUUAAGAAGAAAUCCAGCUUGUAUUUAUUUAUCUGAUACAUAUGAUAAGCCGAAGUGAUGAAAAAAAAUUGGGCUUUACGGGUUUUUGUGUUGAAAACUUCCAUAAAAGUUGAAGUUGUGUCUUUCUUGCUAAAAAAAUAAUAAAACAGCCGCUUUCUUUUAAAAUUUUGUCAUAGCUUUUAUAAAAUUAUAUAGCCUGUUAGCAAUUAACCAACACUGGUGUUGUUCGAAUGUUUGAAAAACAGCCACAAUCAAUGAAACCUCAAAUUUGAUACUCAUAUUAUGUAAGACAUAAAUUCCACUUUUAUUUGGCAGAGACUUUGAAAAAAAAAGACUAUUUCUAAAAAGUUUUUCUUGAUAGUUGAUAAUACUCAAGAUCAAUACCUAUAAUACUAAACGAAACAAGAAAUAAAUCAAUAAAAAGAUGUGGUGUCGUGGGACACCAGGUAGGAAUGAAGUUCCUUCGGCUAAUGUAGAAUCGACACAAUUUGCAAAAAAAAAGAAGGAGAAAGAGAAAGGUAUUAUACACUACUCACUUGUGUGUACGACUGUCGCGCCUGCGCACGUCUCAUUUAACGAUUUUAUUCCACGGACUUUUUCUUACGGUUUUACUAUCACAUUUUUUUUCAGUUCGGACGCGCCGCAAAAUCCCUAUCUCCUCCAAGCCUGCCGUAAGGAACUUCGUUCCAAUAAAAAACAGAGAAGAAAAUGAUAAUUAACUGUUAUGUCAUUAUCUUUUUACAUAUAUUAUAUGUAGAAGAUAAUAUGCAUUCACGAAUAGUACAUUAUAUACCUAAUAGUAUACGAAUAGGUACAUUAAAAUAUCUUCAACCGCCUAAUAAUUAACCCGUUUUAGUGGAAUUACAAAAAUAAUCAGCCAUAUAUAAAAUUAAGUGUUGUUUUAAGAUAGCCAAAUUUAAGUGUUGCCUACGCAAAGCAAUAAAUAAUAUUAGUAAGAAAUACCAUUUUAUUUAGUGGUCAUAUUUAGUAUACCUCUACUUUUUUUUUUACUAGAUAUUUUUAGAGUUAAGUUAGAUAUAUGGUGUGGUGUGUACUUAGUAAUAAAAUGUCGUUUAUGAAUAGAUUUUUUGAGAUUUUACCUAGUAGGAAAAAUGUAUUACGUAUUUAUUAUGUUUUCUCACAUUGAUUUCCGUUUCCUCAUAUCAGCUGCAAGGCAGGCAAGUCGUCGAACAUAUUGUAAUCCCUCACCGUCAUCUAUCCUAUCCAACCUUUUUUUCGGAUCUUGAUAUGAACACAAUGAAAAUUAUUCAAUUUAAAUUGUAUGAAAACAUUGAAAAGCGUGUUAAAAUUAAUGCCUAUUCAAACUAUCCAACAGUGUAUCGUUCAGUUUAAUUAUACUCGUUAGACAUAAUAUACAUAAUUAGGUUAUUUUAGAAAGUAAGAAAUAACCAGUCGAUUAAAUAAAUAAAUUAUGUAAUUA